AGUUAAUCAAAGAUGAUGGAAACGAGCGUAAGGAGUAAGACUUAGGUUCAUUCCACAAUGAGUUGCAAUGAGUUGUCUCUGUUAACGGCCCUUUAGUCAUCACAAUACCGAACCAAAACUAACCUUCUCUCUGGUUAAACAUAACCACGUCAAAACCAUCGCAACUCUGACUGAUUAUUGACGUAGCGCAAAAAGCUUUGAAAAAGCUGACAGUUGACGCAAUUUGUGCAGAGACUCAGUGAUCACAACAAUUACCGUUAAAUAUUACAUAAAAACAUAGUAAACACAAGUUGAUGAUACCGGUUUGAUGUUAAAAAGUUUCAUUUGAGACUGACGGUACAAUAAAGAAUGUUAAAGAACACAAAAACAAACAUGAGAUAGGGAUUUGUGUACAAAAUGCUUAUCAAUUAAAAACUAAGAGAUGAUGUGCUAAAAACAUAAAAAGUUCACAAAGUAGAGCUGAAGAAAGCUUUGUGAUAUCCAACUUUCUUCUUUCUGUACAAAGUGACAACAGUUGUCAAAAAAAAUGAAUUUGGAGUUAUUAGAAUCUUUUGGUCAAAACUAUCCAGAGGAAUUUGAUGGUACUUUAGACUCUCUGUCUUUUGCUGUGACUUGUACAUUUAAUAAAAGAGGAACACUGCUGGCUGUUGGAUGCAAUGACGGAAGAAUAGUAAUUUGGGAUUUUCUGACACGUGGUAUAGCCAAGAUUAUCAGUGCUCAUGUACAUCCUGUUUGUUCCUUAAGUUGGUCCAGAAAUGGUCAUAAGAUCUUGAGUGCUUCUACAGAUAAUAAUGUGUGCAUAUGGGAUGUUCUGUCUGGAGAAUGUGAUCAGAAAUAUAGAUUUCCUUCACCAAUACUGAAAGUACAGUUUAAUCCAAGAAAUUCUAAUAAGUUUUUGGUAUGUCCAAUACGCCAUGCUGCUGUUAUGGUUGAUGUUGAGGGAACACACAGAGUUCUACCACUUGAUGAAGAUAGUGACUUGAACAUAGUAGCAUCUUUUGAUCGACGUGGUGAAUAUGUUUACACUGGAAACGCCCGUGGCAGAGUUCUAGUACUUGAUGCCGAGACAUUGGCUGUAAAAGCUUCUUACAAAAUAACACAAGGAACUGCUAGUAACACGGCAGUAAAAAGUAUUGAGUUUGCGCGUCGCGGCUCGUGUUUCCUGGUUAGUACGUCUGACAGAGUGAUUCGCGUAUACGAUAGUACUGAGAUAUUGGCAUGUGGCAAGGACGGUGAACCCGAACCGAUUCAAAAAUUACAAGAUCUGGUAAAUAAAACAAUGUGGAAAAAAUGUUGUUUUUCGGGUGACGGUGAAUAUGUGUGCGCUGGAACAACAAGAACGCAUGCUCUUUAUAUUUGGGAAAAAAGUAUUGGAAAUUUACUAAAAAUCUUGCACGGUACUAAAGGCGAACUUUUACUCGAUGUUGUGUGGCAUCCGGUGAGGCCUAUAAUUGCGUCUGUGGCAUCGGGUGUGGUGUCUAUUUGGGCACAAAACCAGGUCGAGAAUUGGUCUGCAUUUGCACCAGAUUUCAAGGAACUAGAUGAAAACGUUGAAUACGAAGAAAGAGAGAGCGAAUUCGAUUUGAGUGACGAAGAUAAGUCCGUGGUACAAGGAGAAGAGACUCAGGAUGAAGAAAUAGAAGUUGAUGUUGCAUCAAUUGAUAAGGUCGCUGCAUUCUGCAGCUCCGAUGAAGAGACUGAAGAUGUCGGUUCUCUUCAAUUCCUACCCAUAUCUCCGGAUGUGGAGGAGUCCGAAGAUACUCAAAUAGCAUCUCAUGAACCGCCAACAAAAAAAUACCGUUCCCAUGAUAUAAAUUUACAAGGUGCACCGACUGACGAAACUCAUCCUCACGUUUUGUUAUUAACUAAGGGAAAAGAUAAACCAACAACAAAAAAGGGAAGACCGCGACUGGAGCACAGAAAGGGAAAAUGAUUUGCGAUGACAUGUAUUUUAAAUUUUCAC